AUGCACUUCUCAACUUCCUUUGCACUCUUCGCCACUGCGUCGGCUUCCUUCAGUGGCGUUGCCACUUUCAAUGACUACGCGGCGCAGAGCAACACUGUAUGUGGUCCAAAAGUAGGCGUUAGCGGGACAUACGGAGCUGCAGCUGGGGACCUUUCGCCCGAUAUCUGGUCUGGCGACAAGUGUUCUGGAUCGAUUGACUAUUCUUUGUGUGACGGACAAAACCCAUUCUCCGGGUAUGAAGGUCCUGCCUGUCCCACAACGACCUGCGGUGAAUGCUGGACGGUUUGCAACACGGGCGGGUAUGAUGGUGCUUCCGUGGGAGGAGUUGGCAACUGUAUCACUGUGGACAUAAUUGACGCUUGUCCAUCGGAAUCUGCAUACAACUUUUGCAAGACGGACGUCCCUGCCGAUGAGCGCUGUGGUAGUAGCAGCACAAACGCUUUGGAUAUUGACGAGAGCGCUUACGAGGCCUUGACAGGCACAAGCUGGUCCAGCAGCAGUCCCAAUCUGCUGAUCAGUAUCGAUUCCGCGAGCUGCUGA